AUGGCGUCCCAGCCGAUUGAAGUUGCGAGUUGGAGACGUGGUAGAAGGUGAAUUACAUCUGAUUCUUAAUUCUAGAAUCUUCUUUCAGAUUGAUUAUCGCUGGAGAAAUAGGAAAUGUCAUUCUGAUCGGAGCUCUCUAUCUGCACGCAUAUCUUUGGCUCAAUGUGAGAUUUUUCGAGGGAAUGAACUCAAAAUUUAAUUUUCAGUCUCUCAAAUGUGAGCUCUCGAAUCAAUCAGCGUAUUCAGUUAGAGUGAAACGAGAUACAAAACAAUUUCCGGUAGAUUUAGAAGACUACACAAUUAUCAUUGGACAAGAUACUAUCAUUCCGGUGCUUCUAUACUCCUCACGAUUUCCCACAAAAAAAUGAUUUUUAGAAAAAUGUUUUGGAUCGUUCUUGCUCUCAAGUUCACCAGUAUUGCUCUGAGAAGAGCAUGCGACUGACCGGAUCUCCAGGUGCGCAGGGACAACCUGGACCGUCAGGACCAGUGGGACCGCCCGGAAGACGCGGACCGAUGGGGAUUGUCGGGCCGAUUGGGCUUGUCGGAGAGCACGGAAGCAUUGGAGAACCUGGAAGAGACGGGAAGUGUAACUGUCCGUUCCCCGAUAUGUAUGUGCAAAGAGUUCCGAUUCCCGGGCCUCCCGUUAUCAAAAUCGAAGAAAAGAUGGUGCCGGUUCCGGUAGUUGUAGUUAAAGAAAUCGAAGUGACGAAGCUUGUGCCCUUCGAACCAACGCCUCCAGGAUUUGGACCGCCACCGGGAUGGGCUCCAGGAAUGCCCAACCCAGGAAGAACGAGAAAGCUUCCAAGAUAUUCGACUAUCCGGCCACCUCCGACUCCGCGAAGAAAGACCACACAACCACCGAUUCACGUGUUCCCCACAGGUGAUCGGAUCUUGGUUUUCUCCAAUAAUAUCUGAAUCGCCUUGCAGAAAGAAACAUAACCUUCAACGAAACACUUCAAGAUCUGAAUAUCAGCACCCCCACUCCGUACAUGGGACCGCCGACAUUGGGCUACAACCGAAAAGAAUGCAUUCUGGCUGCCGUCGGAAUUCCAGUUCUACACGCCGAAUCACAGUACGGCCGCGUCGGAUCGUGGAUGAGAGAUGCGCUUCCGGCUUCUGCGAAAAGCGCGAAGAGACGAUGGGUAACCGACGGAUUCGCGAGUCCAGUGCUUUAUGAAUACGAAGACGAGCGGCAGUUGCUGGAUAAGGUUCAGAAGAUUAAGUACUACGUGGAUUAUCUGGCAUCUGGAACCGGAAACGUUGUCUACAAUGGAUCGUACUACUAUCACAAACAUGGAACAACUCAUUUAGUCCGAUAUGAACUGGAGUCUGGAGUUCAAAUCGAAUCACAGUUGGAUCCAGAAAUGUCCUUUGUGGAUUGUGGACGCCUGCCAGAUCAUACAUUUGAAGAGUGCAAUACCACGGAUCGACACGUGUGGCUGUACGACAGACCACACAAUUACGUGGAUUUUGCGAUUGAUGAGAACGGAUUGUGGGUGAUUUACUCGAAUUCGGACGCGGAAACCAUUCGGAUUGCAAAGAUUGAGAACGACUUGUAUGUCGUCGGAAAAUGGGAUGUGGAAGUGAACACAACUGACGUGGCAGACUCGUUCAUCAUGUGUGGCGUCUGGUACGGCCUGAAAAGUGCACAUAAUCUGCAGACCCAGAUCACACACGCGUUCGAUUUGUACAGGUACUUUUUACGCUUCUAGAUCAAAUCCGUGAAUGUUUGCGCAACCAAAGCUCAAUAAGCAUCCGCGUGAAUUGGUGUCCGUUUGAACAAACAUCACACAAAAACUAAGCGGCAAGGACUCUGUUUUUUGCAGAAACGACACAAUUCCCGGCCAGGUCGAAUGGUACAAUCCGUACCAAGGGCUCACAAUGCUCCACUACAAUCCUCUCGACGCCCGUCUCUACUUCUUCGACAAUAGUAGUCUUCUGUCGGUUAACGUCCGAAUUGAGGAAGAUUUGCCUGAAUACAUUGACGACUAA